AUGUGCAAACGCCCUAGACGGAUAUCUUCACUUCCGUUUUCUGGUCUUCAGAGGCCCAAAGUUCCGCGAGUGGUUCAGCUAAUGGAGAAUCUCAAAUCUACCUUGCUUGCUUCCAAAGCGUCCCGGACAUCCGAAAAUUACUUGAGAGCUUUUAACAAGUGGAGAGCCUUAACUAGUGAAGUCUUGGGUACCUCGGAGUUUCCAGUCAGACCCAUCGAUUGUGCCCUCUACUUGCAACACCUCCUGGAGUCGUCCAAGUCCGUCGCUACCAUCAACUGCGCCUUCUACGCGUUCAAGUGGAUACAUUUUCUUGCAGGCGUCGACUCACCAACAUUACACCCUACUGUUAUGGCCGUAAAAGAAGGAGCUGUUCGCCUUGCCAGUCAGCCAAUACUCAAUAGGAAGGAGGCCCUGGACCCUCACCACCUCAAGCUUCUUGCUGCAGAGACUAAUCUAGAAGACCUUCUACAAUUAAGAAAUUUAGUUAUGUUCAUUCUCGCAUUUUCCGGUUUUCUUAGAAGUUCCGAGUUAUGGGUUAUUCGUAGCAGAGAUGUUCAGUUUAACGAGGGUUACCUCACAAUCAGCAUAGAGAAAAGCAAGACGGACCAACUGAGGGAGGGUAGAUCGGUCGUUAUCGCAGAAUCCUCGUCUACCACGUGUCGGUGUUCUUUACUUAAGCUGUAUAUGCACAAGGCCCAGAUUCCGAAAAAUUCAGACGAGUAUCUUUUUAGGGCCAUUUCAGCUUCAGGCAAUUAUAAGCGCCUUAUCUCUAUAAACAAGCCGAUUAGUUACUCUACCUAUAGGCAGUCUUUAAAAAAGUCUUUCCGGCGCGAAUAUUGUACCAGAUAUCUCUAA